CUCUCUCUCACGCACAUACACACACCAGCAGUUAGUUUUCUAUAGCCACCACCAGAAUACAAAUAACCGCUCUGCCAAAUAUCACACACACUCAGAGAAAAGAAACGCGAAAAUGGAGAAGGAGAGAGAGCAACAAGUUUACUUAGCCAGACUUGCAGAGCAAGCUGAGCGAUACGAUGAGAUGGUCGAAGCAAUGAAGAAAGUAGCUAAGUUGGAUGUGGAAUUGACAGUGGAGGAGAGGAAUUUGGUGUCUGUCGGUUACAAAAACGUGAUCGGGGCAAGAAGGGCAUCGUGGCGAAUUUUGUCUUCUAUUGAACAAAAAGAGGAGGCUAAGGGGAACGAGCAAAAUGUCAAGAGGAUUAAGGGGUACUGUCAGACGGUGGAAGAGGAGCUUCUAAAGAUCUGCAAUGACAUACUAUCAGUGAUUGAUCAGCAUCUUCUUCCCUCUGCAACCACCGGGGAAUCCACUGUUUUUUACUAUAAGAUGAAAGGAGAUUAUUAUCGUUAUUUAGCUGAGUUUAAGUCUGCUGAUGAACGUAAGGAAGCUGCAGAUCAGUCCCUUAAGGCUUAUGAGGCUGCCACUGCCACUGCAUCAACGGACCUACCCCCUACUCAUCCAAUCAGACUUGGCCUGGCUCUGAACUUUUCUGUUUUUUACUACGAGAUUUUUAACUCUCCUGAAAGGGCAUGCCACCUGGCGAAACAAGCAUUUGAUGAAGCAAUAGCAGAACUUGAUAGCCUCAAUGAAGAGUCAUACAAGGACAGCACUCUUAUCAUGCAGCUUCUAAGGGAUAAUCUCACUCUCUGGACAUCAGAUCUUCCAGAGGAGGGUGGUGAACAAUCCAAAGUUGAUGAGUCUCAAGCCGAGAAGUAGCUACUAUGAAAGAGAGCAAUCCAUUCUGGCUGGGUUGAUUGGAGAGGAAAGGAUGAGCUAGCACGACCAUUUAGGUAGGAGUACAGGAUACGGUGGACCAUUGGCUUGUGUCUAUUUGCUCUAAUCAGACUAUUGUUAUGUCUUUUCUUGCUUUUAGAUAUAACUGAACUUGCUGCUAUCAUGUUUGUGGUAUGCUUUUUAAAUCCAGUCUUAGCUACUUGCAA